GAUUUAUUUGUUCAAACAUGAACGCCUGUCAAGAUUCGAACCAGCCUUGCAUCUUCAACAUCUCAGCAAUUGCAACAAGGAUUUCCAAAAAGAGUAUCCCUCACAAGGCAGAGCAUAAACUAAACAAGAGUAGAAAUUUACUCAAAUAAGCACAAUACAACCACUGGAUGUAAAGGAUCAUCCAAAAAAAAGGAUGCUGGGAUUUAUAAAGCUUUCAUAUCCACCAAAAAUUUAAAGAGUUCCAAACCAAUCCAUGCUAAAAGUGUGUGCAAGAAAGAGAAAUUAAGCAAAAAGCAAAUCUAUGGGUCUAAAGUUUCUCCUAAAUGCAGUCUGCAGCCUAAGAUUUGUAAAUAAUGUGCUGUACAACAAAACUUUCAGAGCAAAAAUUAACCCAAAGUCAAGAAUGAGCAGGAACACGAGCAAGCCUAAAUAUCUAGCAACACAGCCGAUUCAUUCCUCGUCAACCAAAUUGCCAGUAGGGAAAGGUCAGUCUAAUAAGAAAAGAGGAACUUCAAAACCUAAAACUAGCAGUGAUCAAAGAGCUAAGUGGUGUAAUAGCUUCACUUACACUAAGAAGGAGGCAAAUAAGUUUGGUUUACCUAGAUCUCCCCAGAACAAGUGCAUGAAUUCGCCAAGUGCCAGACCGAAGCGACCGUUCAUCUGCAGUAAAUCUCCGAAUAUCUCACAAAGAUCGACCACUGCAAAGAUGGGCUAUGUUUCAUCGUGAAGGAAACGGAACGAAGAUUGUAGAUCAAAAUUCAGCCCUAAAGUGGCUAAGAAUUCGGUUCCUCAGAGCUACAGAAAUGUAAUAAUCCCAGCUCCAAGGAUUAACAAAAAGUUAAUCCAUAAGAAAGAUAAGGCCAAAAGAGGUGUAAAGCGUUCACCCCCUGCAGUACCUAAAAGAAGCAUUAAACUGAAUGUACCAGCUUCUGGGUCAAGGAAGAUCUCCCCAAAACCGUCAAAUUCUAAAAUUGAGAAAUACUCUAAGUACAUCAGCAAGAAAAAUACUCAGAAAAAUAAGAACAAGUCAGUUAAAAAUAAAGAGAUAUGUGACGGAAGUACCCCUUCAACAGUCAAUAUCAGCGUUGAAAUGCUUGAAUGCUUACCUCCUGACAAAGAGAGCGAAUUGCUAGAUAGCGACAAGAAUGUUGCAGGCAUUCUCUCAGGAAGUAUUCAGGAAAAUCGAACCAAAGAAUCUCCCACAUUGAUUUAUGAUAUGCCAGAAGACCUUGAAAGUGAGAUCUCUAGUUUCAAAGGAUCAAUUUCUCCUGAAAAACUCUUUGUAAAUUCUUCUGAUUUCUAUGACAACCCAGUAGAAAGAAGAAUAGAAAUUUUAGAGAUCCAAGAUGCUCUACUUGACGAACUUUGCGACUCAAAUCAAGCCCCAAUAGACCAAAAAGUAUACCAAAUAGAGCUCCUAAACAACUCAAAUGACAGUCAACCAUCCUCUUCAAACUCCAAAACCACCCGAAACCACCACAAAUCCCCUCGAGAACUAUCCUUCGGUCCAAGUAAUCCCCAAAAGAGAAGUUCUCCCAGUCAGACCAACUACAAAAACUGGAAUUCUCAGCUUGGCCAGGACCACAGUGACUGAAGAAGGAAGAGGCUGUGCGAGAAAUUUGACUGUAGUGGGGAUGAACAAGUGAGGAAGGAAGGAAAUUGAGGUUCACAAGCAGGAGAGUUUUUAGUGAGGGAGGGUCGUGUGGGUUAA